GUUCAAUUGCGUGUCAAACGCGGAUAUAAUAUGGGGGAAUCUGGAGGCAGUACGGGGGCAGUACAACUGGGGACCCCCCGACAAAGUGGUCGCAUAUGCAGAGCAACACAAUAUGAAGAUCAGGGGACAUAACCUAAUAUGGCACGAACAGUUGCCCACAUGGAUUGCGGGACUGGAGGGCAAAAAGGCUGAGCUCGAGCAAGUGAUCAAGGACCGUAUUAAUACAGUGGUUGGACGUUUUAAAGGUAAGAUCUACGCGUGGGAUGUCGUCAAUGAGGCGAUCGAUGAAGUGUCCGGCGAACUAAGGGACAGCAUAUGGUCGCGAACUUUUAACUACAGUUUCAUUGAGGAGGCC